ACCGUAUGUAGUAGAAAGGAACGAUCGACGGUGCGUUCCAUUCUUCUUAUUUAGAUCGUUUAUGAAAUCGCUUUGGUAAUAAAUAUCGAAUCUUUUGAACGGUCAAAAUAACAUUCGAUCGUGUUGAUGUGUCUUUGCAAUCGGCCAGUGCGCGUGAAAUCGUUUCUUGUAUAAUUUUAAAGCAUUCGUUUUGUGUGCGUACAUACACACAGCAUCAACGAAUACAAGUGACGAAAAUACCGAAUGGAAUGACAAUUAUUUUCUUUAAUCUGACUAAUAAUAUAACUGCGAAAGCUUAUUGGUUGAUCGAGAGUAACGCCACCGUUACCCUGGCUACUGCCAUUAACCGUGUUUUAUACUUUUGCAGACGAUCACUGAUUUUUACAAUUAUUUCCAAGUCGUAAACCAAUUCCAAUCACCUCUAUCCGACAUUGAUGUACGACCGUGUUUUUAAUAGAAAGAAAGGAAAGUGGCACCACAAAACUUAUUAUUCAACGUUGACAGUGAAUGUUAUUCUAUCGCGUAUACCACGUGGUCCUUGGUGCGUUGGAUGCAGUUAUGAUUCGACCUCUGCGGUGGCCGUGUCGGUUCUGGAAUGAAAUCGAAACUGAUUUUUUGUUUUUCUAACGAUCUUCUUCACGCAACGUUUCCUAUCCAACUUUCUAUAGGAAACAUCCGUAACGACUUUGUUAUUACGCAUUUCUUCGAAAAGUGAGAUUCUAUUAAUCACGAUAGACCAUCAGUUUUCGCGGUUAAAAUCGUACGAGUUGAAACGUCAUCAAAAUUAAGUGAAACAUCAAGUUCCGUUUACGUUAACGAGUGAUCGAAAAUAUUGUAACAUCUUAAUAAGAAAUAUCGUUUUACGUAAGAUAUGCAUCUUCACUGUCAGAGUUGCGGUUGAUUAUUAGCCGAUAUAACAAUAAUUUAAUUAUAAAUACAAGUUAUUUAAACAAUCCAGAAGAUUACGCAUGUGCUCCGGUUGCACGUCACGGGAACGCGUUUCGAUGUUGCAGGCGUCCAGGCGUUCCCCGUUGUAGGCAGUAAAGCGAGUCAGUGAACUGACCUCGCUGAAUAUUGUCGGCGGUUACUUAACGUAUUGCGGUAGAAAGUCGUCGACGAUUGUCGCGGGCCGAUGCAGACUUUCGUUACAUCGUAUUGCUUUGAAGAUUCGAGAAAAAACGGUGCCGGUACUCGGAGUUAACGAUAACGUUACCGAAUUCGGAUCUAUGGAUCUCGUCGAGGUGGUCAACGGGGUUUCUUUCACGGAGAUUGACGCGCGGAUCAAAGUUUACGCGAUUGUCAACGUCCGUGAUCGAAUGGAGUCGUGAUAAACGGUGAUCGAAAUCAUGAAAACGAGCAGUUGAGUUCGACGCUCUUUUAAGGACUAACGAGAGCCAGCCAGCCGUGUUGCUUUUCUUUUUUUUUUUUUUUCGGCGAGCGGUGCAUCGCGCGAUCCACGACACGUGGAAAUGGACGGCCUUGUUGAAAUUUUCCUCUUCUUCGGAGUUCUCUUCUAUUUUUUCAACUUCAGGGCUAAUAACAUGGUGGACAUAGUUUCGACGCGUUUGCAAGAGGUAUACGCAAAAUGGGAGACCAGAACGGCAGUGAACAGAAAUCCCGAAUCGAACACAACCCGAUUUUCACUGGAAGAGCUUCGUCGAACGGGCCAGCAAUUACACAGGAAGAAGAUACAAGAUCGGGAACAAGCGAAGAGGAUUCGGGAAAGUUCCUUGUUUAAAAUCAAAGAGACAGAACCAUUGGCUGCCUUUGUUAAAGAAAAGCCUUCGUUUUUACAUUAUUGCUGUAGUACUUGUACUCCAUCGUCUAAAAAUUCAUUGGUGAAUACGAUCAGCAAACAGCAUAUGCCUUUUGGUUUAAAUAUAUUGGUAAUUAAUCCAGGCUAUACACUUUUUUCUAAAGUGUUUUACUGUAUUUCACACGUUUAUACUCGUAAAGAGUACGAUUAUACAAGAGUAACGCAAACAGUGUUGAACGAUGAAAGACUAAAGGAAGCAAUAAAAUUAACUGCUUGGGAGUCUGUUAGUAAUGAAGGUACUAGUGAAAAAAAAGCUUUGGCAAUGGCAAAAGCUAGAGCCAAGACGAUAUUGCUUGACAUGGAAAGCAAAAUAAGCAAUGUUUUACUUAAAAUAACUGCAUGGAUUCUUUACAAAUUGUUACCAUGUUUUAUACAGUCUGCUAUAGUAUUACCUUCUCAAAUAGAAAUGUUAAAAAAGGCAAAUGAUACUGGCCUUCCAUUGGUAUUUCUUCCCUUACAUCGUAGUCAUUUAGAUUAUAUUAUGAUUAGCUUCAUUUUAUUAAUGAAUGAAAUCAGAAAUCCAUUGAUCGCGGCUGGAGAUAAUUUAAAGAUUCCAUUAGUUGGGUGGCUUUUGCGAGGUUUGGGUGCAUUUUUUAUCAAACGUCGGAUUGAUCCUGUUCUGGGCCGUAAAGAUGUUCUUUAUCGUGCAACUCUUCACACGUACAUAAUGGAAAGUUUAAAAGCCGGUCAUAAUCUAGAGUUCUUUAUAGAGGGUGGGCGAACAAGAACUGGUAAACCGUGUAUGCCGAAAGGUGGCAUUUUGAGUGUCAUUAUUGACGCAUACAUGGAUGGAACUGUCGAAGAUGCACUGUUAGUACCUGUUGCAAUGAAUUAUGAGCGCCUCGUCGAUGGGAAUUUUAUUAGGGAACAGCUAGGCCAACCAAAGAAAAUGGAAACGUUUGGGUCCACGAUUAAAGCUAUAUGGUCAACUGUAAAAGGAAAUUAUGGCAUUGUUAAAGUUGAUUUUUGUCAACCGUUUUCGCUUAGGGAAAUGUUGAAGUCUUUCCAAGCUCAGCAAAAUAAAUUGACUACGAAAAAAGUAGCCCCUAUCGAGAAACCAUUAAAGUCCACAGUGUCAAGCUCAUCGCUUUACGGUACCGAUGUUAUCGUAGAAGAAUAUCGACAGUUAGUAGAUAGUAUUGCACGACAUGUUGUAUACGAUUGCUCUACCUCAACACCGAUAAUGUCAACAAAUGUUGUUGCAUUUUUACUUCUAAAUAAAUUCCGAGAUGGCUGUACUUUGGACAAGUUAGUCAAAACGUUUGAUUCGAUAAGGCAAGAUUUAGAGUAUCGUAAUAAAGAUAUUGCAUUCUGUGGAGAAAGUAUCGAUAUUAUAAAUCAUGCUUUAGAUAUUUUGGGCCCAGGUUUAGUGAAACAGCAAAGACAAGAAAUCGCGGAAGCAGUUGAUGAUCAAUCAAUAAAAUCUGAUGUUAUUGCAAUCCGUCCUGUAUCGAUUUUGCCAAAUGUAAUCGAACUGUCUUAUUACAGCAAUACAAUGCUAACGUGUUAUGUUAUGGAUAGCAUAGUAGUAACAGCUUUGUACGCUGAAUUGAGAUCACAGAUCAACGAUCCGGUAGCUAUUGCUCAAAACAAUAUUACAGUAUCUCAAGAUCUCUUAAUUCAUAGAUCACUUAAACUUUGUGAUAUCUUUAAGUACGAAUUUAUUUUUUGCAAACCAUGCCAAGAAUUAGAGCAUAUUGUUGUAGAAGCUAUAGAGAAUCUUUCAUAUACGGAUAUCAUUACUUUACAAGAGGAAUGUUAUUUGGAAGAAGAAUUGUGGAGUAGGAGAUACGCGGAAACGUUUGAUGAUAGUUCGGACGAAGAACAUUUUAAGACUAAUAAGGCUAAAAGUAUUCAGUACAAACUGAGCUUAGUACCGGAACACGCAAAACGUAUGGAAUUUUUUCACACGUUGUUACGACCUUUAGUCGAUACCUAUACUUUCAGCGCCUUUACUCUUAAGAAAUUAGUUGGACGAUCACUUUCUGAAAGAGAACUAGUUCAUGAAGUUUUAAACGAACUGAAAACAAAUUUAGAUCGUGGUAUAGUAAAUUAUGGUGAGAGUUUAUGCGUGGAUCCAAUAAAAAAUUCCUUAAAAUUGUUUGAAAAAUGGAACGUUUUGGAAUGUCACACACAAGAGAAUAUUAAACUUUUCUAUUUAAAAGAUGAGUAUGAUACAGACUCGGCAGUAACAAAAAUCUAUGAUACCAUAGCAGGUUUUAAAUGGAUUAGAAAUGUAAAUUAAAAAAUGAACUAUUUAAAACGGACAACUUCUAUAAUGUACUAUUUUUUUAUAAAAAAGAUUGCUAUAAAAUCUUGUAUAUACUGGUUUUCAAAUAUUAAGUA